AUGUCAUUUUACAAAAAAGUUGAGAAUACAUCAGACCUAAAUGAUCAAGUGCCUGUAUUGGAAUCAUAUCUGCCUAAUUCAAUCAUUUAUAUUACACUGUAUUGCUUAGCUGUACCACCAAAUAUUCUACUAGCUUAUAUGGGCCUUAAAAAACGUCUAAUUUCGGCACGUGUCAAAUAUCCAACAUUAGGCAUGACAAUUGCCAAUUUGUAUGGUCUUUUUGGAUUUUUGAUGCUUAAUUCAGAUGUGCUCCUCUAUGAUUACAUAUUUGCAUAUAUACGAAUGUCACCCUAUACAAAUGUUUUUGUUUUCUUCGUCUUAUCGCCAUCAUUUUUCAUUUUCUCAUUCAUUUGCAAUCUAUUAGUGCUUUCAUCCAUUGUUCGACGACAGUCCAAAGCAGCUAGGAAGCAAAGUGGGCGAAGUUUAAAUCCGAGACAUUUGCAACAACAAAAAGCGAUUGUUUACACAUAUAUUUUACAAGCAUUUAUGCCACUUGUCUUAGCUACACCAUAUUAUAUUGCAAAUGUUUUUUUGAUGUGUUCAAUUGAUAUUAAUAUGAUAUGGUUUACCGUUGGUGAAGCAAUUAUUGGCAUUCAUCCACUUUCAAAUGCUUUAAUUAAUUUAAUUUUACUGCGACCAUAUCGACGAGCAUUGAGAAAAAUGUGGAUGAAAAAUGAAUCAAAAAAUGUUCAGUAUGAUUCGAUAACAAUUGCUAAUACACAUUUUAUGGAUGGUGAUUGCUUCUUGUAA